AUGGCGACUAAACUCCUCCAGGCCAACCUUGGCCACACAAGGAUCGCCCAGGACCUGUUCCUGCACUCGUUCGCCGAACGCAGGGCAGGCCUGGGCGUGGUGUCCGAACCCUACCGGAUCCCGGCCGACGAUUCACGCUGGUUCGGGAAUCCGGGGGGCUCGGCGGCCAUAUACUGGAGGGGCUGCCAGGAAUCUCCUCGGCCCACGCUAAUUGUGGCCGAGGAGUUCCUGGUGGCGGUUAAAUGGGGGGCCCUAGUGGUGGUCGCCCUCUACGCUCCCCCAAGAUGGAGGAGAGUCGACUACGAGGCGCAUCUUGACCGGGUGUCAGGGGUAAUCAGAAGAUGCGCCCCUCACCCGGUGGUGGUGGCCGGGGACUUCAACGCCAAAUCCACGGCGUGGGGUUCCCCGGCCACGAGCGUCCGUGGUCGGCUCACGGAAGGCUGGGCGGCGUUGAUGGGCCUUCGUAUCUUAAACGAAGGCUCGGUGAGCACCUGCGUGCGUCCGCAGGGCGAAUCGAUAAUUGACCUCACUUGGGUCAAUGGCCCUGCGGCGCGCGCGGCGGGGGGUUGGAAGGUGGUGGAGGGGGUGGACACUGGGUCCGACCACCUCUAUAUAGAGGUCACCCUCUCCGCCAUUCCCCCACAUGUGCUCAGGCGCCGCCGAGAGAGGGAGCGAGGGCGGCCCGGCAGAUGGGCCCUCCGCAAGUUAGACGAGGACGCCCUUAAGGCGUCCAUGGGGGCGACUGAGUGGUCGCGGGGGGAGGAUCUCCCUCCCCUUAGGGAUGGGGAAGAGGUAGAGGAGGAGGCGGAAGGACUCUAG